CAGAUGUCAAAUAUCAUAUGUUCGACGGCAUAACCUUAUAAUUUCAGAAAUGAAAAAUAAAUAACAUUAUUUACCAAAUACCAAUAGUUACUCAAAUACUAUUAUGAUGGUACAUAUUUUAAGGAUCAUAAACAAUUUAUACAAACCAUUAGUAAGAAACAAAACUCCAUCUAAAAGUUGUAUGAGUCGAAAAUACUCAUCAGAAUCUUCAAGUUUACCUGUUGAUAUUAAAAGGAUAAGAAAUUUUAGUAUAGUUGCUCAUGUAGAUCACGGGAAAAGUACUUUAGCAGAUCGUCUGUUAGAAUUAACAGGCGCAAUCAAGCCCGGUAAAGAGAAUGCGCAAGUUUUAGAUCAGCUACAGGUUGAGAAAGAAAGAGGAAUAACAGUAAAGGCUGUGACAGCUUCAUUAAAUUAUAUAUAUAAUAAUGAAUCAUAUUUAUUGAAUCUUAUUGAUACUCCAGGUCAUGUUGACUUUUCAAAUGAGGUGGUCCGUAGUGUCACAGCUUGUCAAGGAGUUAUAUUACUGGUUGACGCAAAUGAAGGCGUACAAGCUCAAACCGUGGCAGUACAUUCACUUGCCAAAAAGAAUAAUUUAAUUAUCAUACCAACACUAAAUAAAGUAGAUUUGCCUAGAGCAAAUCCAGACAGAGUAAAAGCGCAACUGAACUCAGUUUUCAAAAUUAGUCCUGAUACAGUAUUAAGCAUAUCUGCAAAAAAAGGAUGGGGUGUGCAAGAGCUACUAGAAGCUAUCAUUACCAGAAUUCCACCUCCAAAUGUAACUUUAAAUGAUCAUUUUAGAGCCCAUAUAAUUGACACAUGGCAUGACAAGUACAGAGGUGUUAUGUGUCUAGCUUAUAUACAUUCAGGAACACUAAAAAUGGGACAGACUGUCAAGUGGAGAUCAGAUACCAAACAACAUACCGUGAAACAUUUAGCUAUCCUCAGGCCUAGUGAAGAGAAUAUAACUGAAGCGAUUGCUGGGCAAGUUGUCAUGGUAGGAUUGGGUCCGAAAGGUGGAGGUAGCGUAGGAGACACAUUACAUGCACCAGAAGCUAGUGACAGCCAAGAAUCCUCAUCAGUAACAGCUGUGAAGCAUAUGGUCUACGCUGGAAUAUUUCCUGCUGACCAAUCGCAACAUCCUCAACUUAGUGAUUCUAUUAAAAAACUGGCUCUCAACGACUCUGCUGUUAGCAUCAAUGUGGAUUCAAGCCCAGCUUUGGGCCAAGGAUGGCGUGUGGGCUUCCUAGGUCUAUUACAUCUUGACGUGUUCACUCAGCGGCUGUUGCAAGAGUACAAAGCAGAAGCUAUACUGACUGCUCCCUCUGUACCUUAUAAAGUUAAGGUAAAAGGCGCAAAAAUUAUUAAGCAGUAUAGAGGUGAAGAAGUGAUUGUAACAAAUCCACUACAACUACCUGAUACAAAUCAUAUAGCUGAGUAUUACGAACCAUUUGUUAUAGGUACAAUAAUAACCCCAGUUGAGUACAUAGGUGCAGUUAACACCCUGUGUAUAGAUCGUCGAGGCUCCCCCCUCCCCUCUAGCGCGGUGGACGACAAUAUGACCAUGUUACAGUACAUUUUACCCCUUUCUGAAGUAGUUAUGGACUUCCAUGACACACUUAAGAGUAUUACUUCAGGUUUUGCAAGCUUCGAUUAUCAAGAUUACGGAUUUCAUCCCAGUGCUUUAGUGAGAAUGGAUAUCCUCAUCAAUGGAGUAUUAGUAGAUGAGUUAUCGUCGAUCGUACACACCAGUCGCCUUGAAUAUAAUGCUAGGAAACUCACUUCAAAGCUAAAAGAAAUGAUCCCACGUCAAAUGGUGCAGGUUGCAAUACAAGCCGUAGUGGGUGGCAAAGUUUUAUCAAGAGAAACUCUCAAAGCCUACAGAAAGGAUGUUACAGCAAAAUUGUAUGGUGGUGAUGUGACCCGAAGAAAAAAAUUGUUGAAACAACAAGCUGAAGGGAAGAAAAAAAUGCGAAGUGUCGCCAAUAUUAAAAUUCCAAGAAAUACCUUUAUAGAUGUACUGAAAAAAUAAUUUAAGUUUAAUUUAUAAUGUUAAUGCUAAUAAAUAGAGCUAUUACUUAA